AUGCUAGCAUGCAUGAAUGCUGCCAAAGAAGCACUCAACAUUGAAGAAGAAAGUGAAAAAACACCUUCGAUCCGUUGUUGGGGAUGCCAAAAGAUAGGCCACUCUUUCAGAGAAUGCCCCCACAAAGGAGAUCCGGGAGUUAUCAGCCAGUUUGAAAAAAGCCUAGAGGACUACAGACUAAAGAGAGAGCAGAGACGACACAAAAGCGACAUAACAAGUUACAAGGACAGUGGUUAUAUUAAUCAAAUAAUUUAUGAAACAAUUCAAAAGAUUGAGCAUCCAGAAACACGGGAAGAUGAACAAAGAACACUUUUGAUAAACUUGGCCAAAACAAUCACCGAGCACAUGGGCAACAACAGCGGACAAAAGAGGAAGCAAAGGAGAACGGACCCCCCACUCACUUUCAUGACGGUCAGAAGCUUUGCAGCAACGGAACAAGCACAAAAAUUGGACUUCCCAGUGAACAAAGUCCUAGCAGUGAUCCACUUCCCAAUCGGCCUCAACCGCGGAUACACAGCCAACUUAAAAGGAAUAUACAACACAGGAGGAUGCUGCAACAUAGGAGAAAAAGCAUACCAUCUCGCCAUCGCAAAACAACACCCCCAAUUGGUCAAACAGGUGUACAACUUUCCAAAGAUUCACUGUGCCCCAAUCAAGAUUGGAGGAAUCAAAGACAGUGUCAACAUUGAAGCAAUCAUUGAAUACUACAUCCCUUUUGCCAGCGAGGAUGGAGAAAAUCACACGUUGAUGUUUGGAUUGACGGAGCAACUACCCGUCAACACACUCCUCCCGUUCUGA